GCCGCCUUGUGCCUAUGGUAUGACUUAAUAGUGCUGAGAAACAGAGUUUGUUUUGGAGCUUCUUUAUUUUAUGGGUUUUGUUCGCCGGAGCAUUCUCGCGCAAAAACAGUGAUGGCAGGCCCCAGCGUAGAGUCGCAGGUGCAGGGAGAAAACAACCUUGUUAUUUGAGAGUCGGGAAGCAUGUUGAAGGAGCGGGAUAGCUCGGAGGGGUCGCCCGCGCCCGACGAAUGUGCGGGGUGCGGGGGCAGAAUCCAUGACAGGUUUUAUCUCCUGGCUCUGGACCGACAGUGGCACGGCACCUGCUUGCGAUGCUGCGAGUGUCGUAUGCCGUUGGACACGGAGUUCUCCUGCUUCUCGCGCGAUGGGAAUAUUUACUGUAAAGACGACUACUACAGAUUAUUCUGCGUGAAACGGUGCGCUCGCUGCGGAAAUGGCAUCACGGCAAAUGAGCUCGUCAUGCGAGCUCGGGAACUUGUGUACCACCUGACUUGCUUCACUUGCGUAGCCUGUGGCACACUACUAUCGAAAGGAGAUGUGUUCGGGAUGAGAGGCGGUAUGGUGUAUUGUCGGCCGCACUACGACAGCGCAUGUAUGGAUGAAUUUUGUGAAGACGACAUGAGUAGCAUCUACCGUUGUCAAGAUCUUCAUAGUGAAGGAGAUUCACCAUCGCAGUACUACACUGGGGCGCCUGGUUCCAAAGGCCGACCGAGGAAAAGGAAGGCAGCCCCAGGAUCUCCAGAAGAUAUGCAAGUCCAGACAAUGAGGAUGGCCAGCUCCGCAUUAGAAAUUCUGCAUCGAGGCGACCUAUCCUCGUCCAUGGAAUCACUAGCAUACGACUCGGUGGCGUCACCUGGAAGCGUGUCAAGCCACUCCCAGCGCACCAAGAGAAUGCGUACCAGUUUCAAACACCACCAGCUGCGCACCAUGAAAUCUUACUUCGCCAUCAAUCAGAACCCUGAUGCUAAAGAUUUGAAGCAACUUGCCCAGAAGACUGGAUUAUCAAAGAGGGUCCUACAGGUGUGGUUUCAAAACGCUCGGGCGAAAUGGCGUCGAAACUUGAUGCGUCAGGAGUCUAACCACAACACAUUGACUCCAAACGGAAAUGCCGCUCAUAAUGGCAAUGGAACAAUUGUAUCUGGAGUCCCAAACGACGUAGGAACACCAAUGAUGUUGUCGGAACAGCUACAGCCCAUGGAAGACAUGAGGGUCCACACCCCACACCCGCAUUCAAUGGUUUUUAGUGAAAUGUAUUGACAAUCAUAUGACUGUUUGGCGAUACGAAGUUUCGCGCGUAGAUACCCAUGAAGUUACUUCCUUUUUAAGUAAUUCAGCUGACCGGACACACUGAUAUCUGCUGUGGAAUUUCAAACAAUUGAUGUAUUGACUGUGCGAUCAUUGACUAUUGUCGCCACCGUUUCGAAUUUCCAUCUACAGUCUAUUUGAGAAAUUAUUAACUACUAAUAGCCAUUUUAGAGUAGUAUUACUGUUAACUACAUAGUCAGGAUUAAGCACUACCAUUAUUCAAAUGCACUAACUGUAAACUCGCCUUCAGCUGUAUCAUAAAUAUUCUCAUUUCAAAAACGUUCCAGUCUCGUCUGCUACGAUUGUUACUUUUUUUAGGAUACUUAUUGCUAUUAUAUGAUUGAGCUUUGAUAAUGUAGUAACAAAGCUCCCAGACGACUACCUUGAAAAGCGCCAGAAAGCGUCAGAAAGCGUCUGUACAAAUCUUUAUAUUCGUGUAAUAGCCAGGGUUUCAAUGGCGGCACCAUUAUGG